CCUCCCAGUUUUCAAUUGAUAGCGCUCGUGGUCGUUUGGGCUUGUGUGCUAGUAGCUAGGCUGCUUGAAAUUUUUUUCACACUUUCCGACGGAAUAUAGAAUACGAAAGAGAUACGAUUUAAACGAAUUCAAACAGAGACAGAACAGAGAAUAUAAAAAAAAUGCCGGUAAACGUGCCCCAAUUAAAAACGUUCAAAUAAAACCGUUAGCAAAGGAUAUCGCAUCCUUUUGAAGACUGGCGUUGGUUGAAGAAUCAACCAGGAAGUGAUUUCCCUUGAGUUAAAGAGUGCACAACCGGAAGUGCAAGGUGAAUAUUCAAUGUGGAUUGUAUUGUGGAUCGUAAGUGCAAAAUCAGCUAUAACUUUUGUAUCUUCAACUGGAUUUUGUUGAUUUUUCUUUUAAACUGCAGGUGGAUUUAAUCCACUUGACUGCAUUGAUUGUUGGAUUUAAAGAUCGAUGUCAUCUGUCUGCCAUAAGGGGAUGAUGACACACACCAACCACACAAAAUUAUGGUAGGCCGCAUUUAUUGAUUCAGAUGGGAAGAGUUAAUUUAUCUUUUGUGUGAUUUUGUGUUUGGGAGAUUUAUUCGCCGCGGAGAGUGUUGAUAUUUUAAUUGAAUAUCGAAGUUUUGAUUGAUAAAUCGAAGGAUGUUUUAUUGAAAGAAACGGAAACAAACAAAUAUUGUGGAACAUGUUUUUUGAUGACACAUUAAUUUAUGAAUUUUUGUCCCUUAAUUAACGGUCUGUCAUAAAAACACUAUAUCACAAGAGAACCCUCAUUUCUCCAAAUAAAAAAGAAAUUAAUUACAAUUGUAGUGGAUUUAAAGUGAGUGUCGUUUCACAUCGGUCGUGUGGUGGUUUUAUUAUUUUUGAGAGCUACAAAAAUAUACUCAUUCGUUUUUUUCAACGCUGAUUUUUAGUGCCAUAACAAUUAACUGUAAUAAAAAUUAAUUAACCAAUGUGACUGUAUAACACAGAUACAACUCAAAACAACAAAGAUGUUUUUUUUUUGUCUUUGAAUACUGAAACUGAAUCAAUUUAAAUUUACGUUCCACACUUGAAAAGGGAACGAAAAAAAACACACAAAUUUGUCAGUUAAUUUUUAGUUUUUUUUUUUGUUUGUGAAUCAUUAUGAAGUCGUCCUUGCAAUGGAUUAUUUUAAUAUUAGCAUUUUGCUGUUCAAGUGGAGUGCUGUCAUCAGAUGAAGAUGAAGAGGAUUAUCACAGUGAUAACUCAUCUCCUCCAGAUAUUAUUGCAUCAACAAAUAAUGGACAACAUGAUAUCUUUACAUGUUGCUCGGAAGUAUUCGGAUCAUGUCGGACAUCAUGUGAGAAUUUGUCUUUGGUUCAACUUGCUGCUUCCGAUUUAAAUGGACGGGGUUAUCGUGUGGGGGAAUUAAAGAAGUUCUGUUUACCAAUUCAGGUGGAAUUUUGGAAUUGCAUGAAUAGAACACUUCAAGCCGUACAACGCGGUUCACAGUGGUCUGGGAGGCGGUGUUGCUCUCUGGGUAUGUCACCAAGAUGCCGGAACGCUUGUGCAACAUCAUCAUCUACCGAGGAAUUGAUUUAUGCUUGCCGCCAAAGCGACGAACAGCAUAUGUUUUCGUGUUUCGAACGACAAGAAGCGGGAGAUCGAUGUUGUGGCAAUUCUAGGACUUCAGAGUGUUUGCAGGCUUGUCGAGAGAUAUUCGAACCACAUUCACCGCAAAAGAAGGCCAAUCGAAGACUUUUAAAUCAGACGUGUGGUGAAAAAAAUUUAGACGUGUUGAAGUGUGUUAAGAACUUUACCGACAUGACACCAAUCACAGAUUCACAGAUAUAUCUUCCAUGUUGUGAAUUUUCGACAGAGGAAAAAUGUCGAACAACAUGUCGUCAAGCUUUGAAGAAUGGCGAAAGUACUGAUGUCAUCAUUGACGAACUAGAAGCUGGUGGUUGUGGGCCACCUUUGCCACAUGACCCACUUUGGCAGUGUUUUUUGUCGGCAGGCAAGAAAGUCUACAUUCCAACAUCAACUUCAAAUGAAGUUUCGCAAAUCAAUCAAAUCGGAAUUGAUUCGGCGAAACUUCAUUGCUGUCACAAAGCAAUAGCUCCGAAAUGUCGUCGACUUUGUGUGCAGACUUUUUCUAACGACUGGACCACUACGAGGGGGUCUUUUGACGUUGAUUGUCUUAUGCAACCCAACGAACUCGAACUCAGACAGUGCAUUGAUGAAGUGGAUGAACCGUGUGAACUGGGUUGUGAUGGGUUGUCUUUCUGUACGAAUUUCAAUAACCGUCCGACAGAACUUUUUCGGAGUUGUCAUUCCCAUGCCGAUAUGGCUGCUCGAUCUGAUGUGGCCAUGUGGACUUUGAGAGGUUAUGUAAGUCUACCCGGGAAUAACCUUCCAAUAAGGAACAUAUCGAAAUGUUCUCCAGAAAAAUGGAGGGCAAUUGCCUGCACUCUUCAGAUUAAGCCAUGCACUCGGGUGAAGCAUUACAAUCACAUAUGCCGGGAAGACUGCUAUGAGAUUUUGAGCGAGUGCAUGGACUGGUCGAGGGUUAGCACUGGAAUUAACGUCGAUGCAAUAUGCUCCCAAUUACAUCCCGAGGGUGAAGAAGGUCCCUGUGUGUCACUCAAGCCUUAUCUCGAGCCCAGUGAUGCCCCACUGGAAACAGGGGGACAUCAUGGACUUACCGAACCAUGCAAGGGACAUCCUUGCAACUCCUCAGAAGCUUGUCUUCCGAAUAGGAACGAAAGUACAGGGUACCAAUGCAUUCCCGGAUGUGCCCUUGGAGAAGCCUCAGCUUACAUAGUUCCAUUCGGAGCUUAUGUGAGGAUUCCAGUUUCUCCAAAUCAAAGAGGAAGUUUCAAGGUUUGCCGAUGUGGAUCUAGUGGACGCAUCGAACACUGCCAACCACUGCCCAGUUUCUCGUACGACUCUUGCAGUUUAGGAGGACGGGGAAUAGAACAUGGAGUUUCGGUAUAUUUGGAAUGCAACAUUUGCAGCUGCUUUGCCGGAGAGAUCACUUGCACUAAGAAACAGUGUCGGAUUCCAGGAAUUUCUGAUCAAUCUUUCACCAGUUUGCCAUGCAACUGCCCGACGCAUUAUGUUCCGGUUUGUGGGAAGAAUGGAAACACAUAUCAUUCAGCCUGUGUUGCCAAAUGCUUAGGACUCCAAGACAGUGAUAUUGAGUUUGGGGCGUGUACUUCUUGGAAUCCAUGCAAAGAGGGGGCUUACACGUGCCCGAUGGGCUCAAAGUGUGUGGAAGAUAGGAAGAUCUGUCUAUCAGUGAUGCAUAGGCCGUGCUUACAAUAUCGUUGUGUAAAUUUGACUUCAGACUGUCUUAACUCUGGGAAACCGGUGUGUGACACAAGGGGCGUGACGUAUCCAUCAGCCUGUCAUUUAUUAAGUGCGAAAAGCCAACUUGCUCACUUUGGAUCGUGUUUUCGAAGCUGUUCUUGGAAGGGCCCGGUGUGUGGCAUCAAUGGCGCCACCUAUCGGAAUGAGUGUGAAGCUUGGGCGGACUAUAUUCUGGUAGACUAUAAGGGUCCAUGUAAGGAAGUCGGUAUUCUAGCUUCUGAUAUGGGUCGGAGGUGUAAAUUAUUUAAAUGCCCUCGACCACCAUCGCCUCAUUGUCGAAAUAUUAUUCCACCUGGAGCGUGCUGUCCCAUUUGUUCAGGAGCUUUUCGGGUAAUUUAUUCCCGAAAACAAGUCGAUCGAGCUCUCUACGCUCUUAAAGGAAAGAACAUGGAACUUUUUACGCUACGAAGUAUUCUGAGAGCCUUAGAUGAAUUAAUUCAAAUAUCCGAAUGUCAACUGACUGGUUUUCUUACAAUGGAAGUUGACAUAUUCAUUGGCAUUGUUCCGAGAACUACCCAACCGACUGAUAUACAAAUUGAAGCUUGUUCAAGGGAGGCUCAGAAAAUUGCGACACUUAUACAGUCUCAGAGUCAUCGAGUUACAACGAAUUUAGCAUUAAGUGCAUUAACGGUUGCCAAUAUGGUUCAACCAACUGUGGAAAGUAGUGCCAUUGUGUGGAAUGUAUUGUCAAAAUAUGUUAUUCUAAUGUGGAUUGUAUUGAGUUUUAGACAAAAGACAUUUUAGCUAGCAUAAAAAUUAGUUUUAUUUUUUUGUGUUUUUAAGUUUAUCUAAUUUAUUUAAAUAUUGUUUAUAUUUUUUUUAGAGUAAAACAAAAAAAAAAUCAUGUGAAUUCAAGGUGCCAAUACAGUUUUUGUUGUAAUUUUUCAGUUUUCUUUGUUUAAUCAGCGAGUAAGGUUUUGUGGAUUUAAUUGUGUAAAUUAUAUAAUGCACAAAAAUUAUUUAGAAAAAAAAAAUAAUUGUGAUAUUAGUGUAAAUUUAAAUAUUGUAAAUAAACUUAAAAAUAAAAAAAAAACAUCAUAAUUUAGAUUAAUUUUCUUGUGACAGAGAAAGAAGGGUAGUUAUUAAGGAUAAAAGUAUACAUGCAUAUUUGUUUUCGUUACCAAAGUUUUGAUAUUAUAUUAUUUUUUUUUUUUAGAAAAUUUGUAAUUUGUUAAGUUAAAAAAAAAAUUAU